GCGGAGGUGCCUCUCCGCGGAGGUGCCGCUACUCAGGGCAGCCUUCUCACGAUGGGACUUUCUCUCGCGGCAUUUCCUUGUUCCCAGAAUCCGUAGCGCGAGACGGAAAAAUACAGUCGAGUACUUCAACUCAGCUUCAGGAUCCAGCAGUUUAGACUGGACACCUUCCGUGCUUUUCUGAGGCAGCGUCUCUAAGGAAAAUGGCGGCCCCCGAGCAGCCGCUGCCGCUGUCUAGAAGAUGCCCGAGCUCCACUUCGCUUUCUCCCCCCCGAGGGGACCGAACCCUUCUAGUCAGACAUCUGCCGGCAGAGCUGAGCCCAGAGGAGAAAGAGGACUUGCUGAAGUAUUUCGGGGCGCAGUCCGUGCGCGUCCUGUCAGACAAGGGGAGACUGAAACAUACAGCUUUUGCUACUUUCCCCAAUGAAAAAGCAGCGAUAAAGGCAUUGACAAGACUCCAUCAGCUGAAACUUCUAGGUCAUACUUUAGUUGUUGAAUUUGCAAAAGAGCAAGAUCAAGUUCAUUCCCCAUGUCCCACUUCAGGCACUGAAAAAAAGAAAAGGUCUGAUGACACCAUAGAGGAUGAUAAAGAAAAAAAAGAAUUUGGCUGUUUAACAGUAGAAAAUGGAAUUGCACCAAAUCAUGGGCUGACUUUUCCUCUAAAUUCAUGCCUCAAGUAUAUGUACCCACCACCUUCAAGCACAAUCCUAGCAAACAUAGUGAACGCUUUGGCAAGUGUGCCUAAGUUCUAUGUACAGGUGCUUCACCUUAUGAAUAAAAUGAAUUUGCCCACGCCUUUUGGACCAAUUACUGCACGACCUCCCAUGUAUGAAGACUACGUGCCAUUGCAUGCACCUCUUCCACCUACAUCUCCUCGGCCACCUGAGGAACCUCCUUUGCCAGAUGAAGAUGAGGAAUUAUCUAGUAAAGAAUCAGAAUAUGAAAGCAGUGAUGAGGAGGAUCGACAGAGAAUGAGCAAACUAAUGGAACUAGCAAAUCUGCAGCCCAAAAGACCAAAGAUUACAAAGCAGCGCCAUGUGAGAAAAAAGCAAAAAAUAAAAGAUAUGUUAAAUUUAUCUUCAUCUGCUUCACACAGCAAUUUACAUCCUGUGCUAUUACCUUCAGAUGUAUUUGACCAACCACAACCUGUAGGCAGUAAGAGAAUAGAAUUCCACAUAUCUACUGACAUGCCGAAUGUAUUUAAGAAAGAUUUACAGAAAGAACAAAAUUGUGAGGAAAAAUGUUAUGAUUUACCUGCUAUUGAAGUUGAAGCAUCCAAUAUAGGAUUUGGAAAAAUCUUCCCCAAACCUAAUACGAACAUCACAGAAGAGUCUAAAGAAGAUUCUGAUGAAAUGCCCUCAGAAUGUAUUUCUAGAAGGGAGUUGGAGAAAGGCAGAAUUUCUAGAGAAGAAAUGGAAUCACUUUCAGUUUUCAGAAGUUAUGAACCUGGUGAACCCAACUGUAGAAUUUAUGUAAAGAAUUUAGCUAAGCAUGUUCAAGAAAAAGACCUUAAAUUCAUUUUUGGACGAUAUGUUGACUUCUCUUCAGAAACACAACGGAUCAUGUUUGAUAUACGCUUGAUGAAAGAAGGUCGAAUGAAAGGACAAGCUUUCAUAGGACUUCCAAAUGAAAAAGCAGCAGCAAAAGCCUUGAAGGAAGCUAAUGGAUAUAUUCUAUUCGGAAAACCCAUGGUGGUUCAAUUUGCUCGAUCUGCUAGGCCAAAGCAAGAUUCUAAAGAAGGAAAAAGAAAGUGUUAAAAACUAGUAACGAAGCAUUCCUGCGUGCAUACUGCUGUAAUACUGUCAUGCAAAAUGUAUCCUUUCUUGUUGUAUCCUUUUUGGGGCAGUGUUUUUUCUUUUUUCUUUUUUUUUUUUACUAGAAAUGUUUUGUCCCUAUUCUAUUCAUUGGUUCAGACUAAAUUUUUUUAUACUUUAUGCAAAUGAAAUAUUUCUCAAAUUGUAUACCUUGAAAGAAAUUUAUGAGUUUUUUUUAGAUUUGUUGUUGAAUUUUCUUUGCUGUUAUUUAGGUUAUAUAACUUUUCCAGGGAAAGUUAGUGAAUCAGGUCAACUUACAAGAGAAUGUAUGCAUUUACUUUAACCCAGAAUGUGGUCUUGUGUUUCUAUUUGUGUAUUUGCUAAACCUAAUUCAGUAACAUAUGGUUUCUAUCUUAAGAUAUAUGUGAUUUACACAUUCUACAUAAAAUUUGAGUAGGGAAACAAAUUGUUUUCUUUUUAAAAACACGUAUAUUGAAAAUUAAAUUUUUAUAUAAAUCCCAAAUUGAGUAGCAGACCUCACAUUUGAAGUCUUACUGAAAUUUCCAUUAAUGUAGAUAGCAAACAGAAGUCUUUUUACAAAAACCAAAAAAAAAAGACUAAGAAAAGAGUAACAAAGUGGAAGAUACAAUGUUGACUUAAGGUAGCUCAAUGAUGUGAAAAGAAAUGAUCCCAGAGAAUAUAAGAAUAGUGAUUCCCAGGCUUAUCGACCACAUCUAUGAUAAGAAUACUUCUUAAACUUGGCUGCACAUUGCAAUGACCUGGGGACUUUGAAAAAUCAAAAACAAAAAUUUAAAAUAUAUUAAUAUUAGAUUCCCUCCUCAGAGAGUUGGUGCUAUAUUUUAUUGGUUUGUAAUGUUUCAAACUUUCCUAAGUGACUAAUGUACAGUCAAAGUGGAGAACCACCAACGAAGUGUUUUUAUUUAUAAAGACUCUGAGACCUAUCCUAAAAAUGAUAAAUAGGAAUCACUGGAAAUAGGGUCCAGGAAUCUAAUUUGAAAAAGUUUCUUUAGUAAUUUAAGGACUGGCCAGUUUGGAUACUAUUUUUUGAAGUAAAAUGGUUGGAAUAAUCCUUAUCAGCUGUGACUGCAAAAAACUUAGAGAUACAGAAAUAGCAAAUUUUUUGAUAAGCAUGAUUAAAAUAUUUUAUUCUUUCAUGUUACAAAUUAGUUCCUGUGUAAAGUAUUUAUAUAAUUAAAUUUGUACUGACACGAUUCACUAAUUUUCUAAAUAUUAGCUUAAGUUACUUUCAAACUGAUUUUUGUAAUAAUGAUUAUUUUUAAUGAGCUUUUGUGGUAUUUUAGGUUCCUCUUGAAUUCCAUGUCUUUCAAGUUGUUUCCAACUUUGAGAAGAAAUUGACCACCUGGAGUAUGAAACUGAAGUCAGGUCAUGAAAAAGGGAAGAAGUCAUGAAGGAUGGAGGAAAGAGAAAGGUGUAAAAUUCAGAUCAAGGCAAAUGGGAGAUUAACCAUACCUUGGAUGGAUUGCUACUGUGUCCAGCAGCACAAAAUGUACUAUUUGUGUUGGAAAUGUGAAAGGACCUUGGCUUAAAAUGCUUCUCUGAUUUCAGAGUUCUGAAUGUCAGCUCUCAGAACAGAAAAUUGUUAUCAUCACAUAUCCUGAACAACAUUCUCAGUGCUUACCAGAAAGAGGAUACUUCACUCAAUACCUGUUGAAUGAAUGGAUAAAGUUUUCUCCGCACCCAUA